GGGUUGUCCUCUGUGUGCACUUGCAGGUGUCGGAAAAUCUUCGCUUGUUCACCUCUUGUGCCAAAACCAGGUGUUGGGAAACCCGUCCUGGACAGUGGGCUGCUCGGUGGAUGUUCGAAUCCAUGACUACAAAGAAGGCACUCCAGAAGAGAAGACCUACUACAUUGAGCUGUGGGAUGUUGGAGGUUCAGUGGGUAGUGCCACUAGUGUGAAAAGCACACGAGCAGUAUUUUAUAACUUGCUGAAUGGGAUAAUUUUAGUGCAUGACUUAACCAACAAGAAAUCAUCCCAGAAUUUGUAUCGCUGGUCUUUGGAAGCACUCAACAGAGAUGUCGCUCCAACAGGAGUUCUUGUGACAAAUGGUGACUAUGACCGUGAACAGUUUGCUGAUAACCAGAUUCCUCUGCUGGUAAUAGGAACUAAGCUGGAUCAGAUCCCAGAAACUAAGCGGAAUGAAGUUUUGACCAGAACAGCUUUCUUGGCUGAGGAUUUCAAUGCUGAAGAGAUAAAUUUGGAUUGCACCAAUCCCCGUUACCUGGCUGCAGGUUCAUCCAAUGCUGUCAAGCUAAGCAGGUUUUUUGAUAAGGUCAUAGAGAAGAGAUACUUCUUAAGAGAUGGCAAUCAGAUUCCUGGCUUCUCUGAAAGGAAAAGGUUUGGAGGAGGAACAUUGAAGAGCCUUCAUUAUGACUGAAUACUGAAGAAGUGGAAGAUGACUUCUUGAAGUUCCUAACGACAUUCCCAUUCUGACGGGAUGCUUAAAGACAAUAAUGCUUAUGUCAAGCAGAGUAAAAUGAUAUUAUGCUUUGGCCGGGUAGACUGCUGAAGCUACUUUUGCUGGACAAGACUUGGGGAAGAAUUUCCAAAAAUCCAAUCUGAAGCCUAGAGUGUUUCUUAGCAUUGCAGGCUGUUUGGAUACAUGGAAACACUUUGGGAAAGUGUGCAAUAAAUUGAAUGCCGCUCACACUGCUGUGGGAAGCUUUAUCAUACACAGCACGUAUAUGUGACAUCUUUGUCUCCAUUUUGGAAAACUUAUGGACAGUCUUUGCAAAGAAUUACAUUCAUCUUACCUCUAAAGGAAAGAUGACACUAAGUGGGCUUCUCAUCUACAGUAAAGUGAACAAAACAAGUGAGCAAAAUGUAUCGAUGGGUAAGGAAUGGUCUGGAAAAUAACAGAUUGCCUUCGUUAAAUGAAUGAUGGUGUCUUGCCUGGAACACACUGUUCAGCCCUACUCAAAAGGUAUAAAAGAAAUAGGCAAGAGAUGAAAAAAGAUUUGAAGCCUUAAAAAGAAAAUCAUGAGUAGAAAACAAGUGGUAUUAAUUCUGCUGCUUAAAAUAAAGUUUAUUACUUUGGAGGGGACAAAGUGAAUCAGGUAUUCCUGUUUAUCUUUUCAUAAUUGAGUGUGGUCUUGUUCUUAAUACUAAAUUAAAAGACAAUGCAUU